AUGGCGGCGCUGCGCGAACUAUAUCAUGUGGAGCAUUGGCAAUACAGAGCCGAGGGCAACGCCAACCUUGUCUUGAAAUACAUUGGCCCGAAUCCUCGCUUUAAAACUACCAUGCUUCGCCUCCGAAAGACUGAUCGUCAACAGAAAAUCUGCGAAGCAUCAAAAAGUACUUCAAGUGAAACCCUAUCAACCGUUCUUGCAGAUAAAAAAGAGAAUUUGCUUCAAGAGUCCGUUUUUAUAUCUAAAGUCUUUAGCUUGCUUCUUGGACAGGAAUAUGUCGACCAAUUGGUUGUAGUCUCGCUUCCUGAUGAAUUUUUGACUGCUCUCUCGAAAGCAAUCGAGCCUUCACGACCUUUGGAGCGACUGCAUAAAGUCAUUGAUUUAUCGCAAGCUGCCGGGUUUCUGGCAUUGGACCACACUCGAUUUAUUGAUUUAGCUGAUAGUCAAGUUUCAGUUGCUGUAGAGAUCAAACCUAAGUGGGGAUUUCUUACGCAAUCGGCUUUUAUCCGUCAUGAGAACAUUAAACGACGCAAGUGCCGUCACUGUAUGCACCAGCACUUAAAAAUGAAAUCUGGACAUGGGACGAGUCUUAGUGAGUACUGUCCUAUCGACCUAUUUUCGGGUGUGGAGCCGUUGGUUCAAGAUUCUCUAGAUGCACUAAUUCGGACCCCCCAGAACAAUCUCCGCCUUUUUAUCAAUGGGACGCAGCAGCUGCCUAUCACUAAGGAAAUGAUGGUGAAAUGUUUAUUCAAGACAUCGAUUGAAGAGAAACCGCCGCAGGGAAACAGCUCUCUAAUCCAUAAGGAAGAAAGCUCUAAACCAAUCUCACUCGUAGAUGUACUUACACGGAUCCUUGUUCAGUCACCCAUACUCAAGAGGCUUGGUCGUCUUCAACAGGCGCUGGAUUCCUUAGAUAUAGAGACAAUUCAUCGCUUCUACACGCAGCUCGCUAGUCCCAUGGUAGGGACUAUUCCGGAACCUACGCUGGAAGAGUUUUUGAAUACAGCCGAGUCAUUCUUGUACCGAACCGAUAUGAAUGAGAUGAUGACUAAGGAUCUUGCAGACUUUUUGAGUAAUAAUGCCUCUAACCUUGGGUUUGGACCUGAGGAUGAUCUGGAUGACCCCAAUACGGUUCCUGAUAGUUUAAAAUUGCACUAUCUUCGGGAAUUCCUCUUGUCAGCGACUCUGAAGGAUUGUUCACUAUUGAUUGCUGUUUGCCGUGCGGAUGAAAUAAGGAAGGAAGCAGACAACGCCUCUAAGGAGUCAAAUUUUCCAAGCGACCGAUGUCCUGGCAUAGGUACACAAGACCCCUUAUUCAAAGAAAACCGUCAAAGGAUAAAGGUCAAGGACGAAGACUUUAUUUACAAAAUCACCUGUAUUGACCUUGAUCCCAAGAAGAUGACCUCAAUUCCUCUCUAUUUGAAAAAGGAUCGCGAGAUAGUAGAGCAUUAUCUUUCAGUUGUGGGAGACCGUGAGCCACACUGCGCAACCAUGUAUGUUAUUGUUCGGCCUGCGAGGUCGUAUGGUCCAAUUCAGAAUGCCAUUGCGGUUCUGAAUCUUCUUUCAUUGCUCGUGGGGAUGAUUCUUCUAUGUGUCGGCACAUUUGUCUACUUUGCACCAGGCGCAGUCUUCGUGACAUCGACGCUAUUGCCACAUCUGAUUUUGGUUUUAGGUGCAACCAUCUCGCUUGUCUCGUUCUUGGGUUAUUAUGGUACUAUGAACGAGAAGCGAUGGAUCCUCUGGAUCCAUGUUUUGAUCUUAUUGAUUGCCAUUGCCCUACAAAUCACGGUUGGGGCGUUCGCUUUCGCCUAUAGAAACCAAGGUAUUGAGGUUCUAGACAAAGCUUGGGACCAAGUUUAUAAGUCAGAUCCCCAUGUCAUUCAAGACCUUGAGUCGUUUUUUCAAUGUUGCGGAUUUGAGCAUGUGCUGGACAGACCAGUCCCCGUGACAUGCGCGCUGGAUCAUCACUUUUUUGCAGGAUGUCGCGAAAAUAUCCAAACAGCUUUCCAAGACAGUCUUCAAGCCAUUGGUGUCAUUGGGGCAAUCCUUGGUGGUAUUGAACUUGUCAGUCUAUUGGGCGCCACGGUCCUGUUCCACCGCUUUGACAAGCAGAGGAGCCAGCGCGAGAGUGAAGGAGAGGCUUCAUUGGUCAGGGCUCUGCUGGAAGCUCAGCAUAUUGACCGAGAGAUUGACGAAGCCCGCCGUCGACGCGAGCGACAGUUAGAAUACGAAGCCUUGGCGGAGCAAGUUCGAUCACAAGCAUUGGCACGGGCUCAAGAUGAGGGAUUGUAUGGCUCCCGUGGUAGAGGAGGAGGAUCUCGCGACCCACCUCCUUACGGAACCUUUGACAUGUCAAAGUCUACUAAACCUUAGGAUACUAUGCAAUCAUUUUAUGAGCACGUGACAGCAUCAUGUCAACUAUGUUGGCUUUUCGGCCAAGGUCUUUAGUUUAUAUUUUCAUAAAUGUAUGUUUCCGUGUAAAAUUGCAAUGAAAUGCAAGUAUUGUUUCAAAAAGAGCCUUGUAGUGAAAUAUACCGAAUAUUAGACCCAAAGAAUGCAGGUACACAUGUCAAAUAAGAGCG